CUCGGUAGGAAUCAGGUAACCAGAAAGGACGCAAAACUAAACGCCAGACAUGUUUGGAAUGAGACAGCGAAGAAAAAUCGUACUGACCAUGUACAUGUACUUGAUUUUAAUCUUCCUUCUAGAAUGGAGCCUUUCCGCAUCAAGCAUUGUCCGGGUACUGUCCUGGAUGUUGUAGUUGAAAUCCCGGACACUGAAACAGUAGAUGGAAAUCGAGUUCGGAGAACUAGAGCGGCGCCACAGGAUCGUGGAGUAUCAUCGGUCAGUGCCCCGAUAGAGCCACGAGAUCGAUGUCCGCAGGUUCAUAGCGAAUCACCGUGCAUUUCUCCAUUGAACUCGGUAGAGCCGCGAGAUCGAUCACCGCAGGUUGAUAGUGAAUCAUCAUUUUACUCGGUAGAGCUACGCGAUCGAUGUCCCCAGGUUCAUAGCGAAUCAUCAUUUAACUCGGCAGAGUCACAAGAUCGAUCGCCGCAAUCCACUCCCCAGAACAACGGCAGCAGCAACAUUCAUAACCCCGAAGAGGCGCUCAGCAAUCAGGGCAGCGAGGGACCCUCCACUGCGAUGGCGCAUUUAAUGGGCGAUGGUGAUUCCCAAAACUAUCACGAAGCCUUGAGGUGUUUGCUUCAAGCUGCUAACCAAGGACAUUCCAAUGCGCAAUACAAGCUAGGCGAGAUGUACGAAAAUGGCGAGGUCGUGGAUCAAGACGCCUCCGAAGCCGCCAAGUGGUAUGAAAAGGCUGGCAGCCAAGGAAACACCAAUGCUCAGCGUAAACUAGGGAUCAUGUUCAAACACGCCCAUGGAGUUCCAGAAGACUAUACCGAAGCCCGAAAGUGGUUUAAAAAAGCAGCCGACCAAGGGGACGUCUAUUCCCAGGUGGAACUAGGAUUUAUGAAGAAAAAUGGCCAAGGUGGUCCAAGAGAACUUGGCAGGGCUCUCGAGCACUUUGGCAAAGCUAUUGGCCAAGGACUUGUCAAAGGUCUUCGUUUCUAGUGAAACUAUCUUGUACAUUAGCUGUCCAGCUUUAGAGCGCAGAGGAGAUGACUGAAUAAAUGCUACAAACCAUCUCUCUAAAGAUGUAAGCAUUCGCCUCCUCGAUAUGGCUUCAUGUACCGAAUGGUCAUUUGAAUAACGCAUCGCCCAUUUCAUAGCAGCAACGAAAAGUGGAUCCUUUGCGCUAUAUUCGCAUAGAGAACAUAAUAGCUGGCAGAGUCGAAUAACAUGACGAUUCACGCUUAUUAUCCGAUGGCCAGGACCAUACACAG